AUGCCCGACGUGGCCAGGAGGACGAGCCUGGCUGAGGACCUCCUGGACAGGCUGCGCGCCUCCCAGGCGGUAGCCGAUGACUCCGUCGGGGAUGAGCCCUUCGAGGACUUCAUCAUUGGUCGCGCGGCCCUGCGGACCAAGGAUGGCUCCUUUGUGGGCGAGAUCAGCGGUAUCAUGGCCAAUAGGCCGCAGGGUGCUGGCUGGGAAGGGCCUUUCGAGCAAGCUCCCAAGGGGACACUGGCACCAGCAAAGGCAAUAGGCGCCCCUGCAAGUGCUCAGCCAAGUGCUGAGGAGAGAGCACUGUACGACCGCUUCAUGGAGCACAUGAACCCAAUGGCCUCUUACCAGGGGGAAGCCCUCCAGACCCCGCCUCCCAAGCGCCAUCUCAGGUGGAAUGUUCCCAUGGUGCCCGUGGCCGAGGCUGACAGGAUAGGACAGCUGUCGUGCUGGCAAAUGGCAAGGCAGGAGGCUCCUGUCCAGGAACCAGUGACGCUCGCACCAGCUGUGAGCGUGGCAGCUGCAGCCACACUGGAUCUGGCACCUGCUGCCAUGGUUGAAGAUAUCCAGACGCCCAAGCUGCUGGCCCCAAUGCAGUCCCGGGCCUGUGGUGCUACAGAACCCCGGCAGGCCCUCCAGCUGGGCAAGUGCAACUUGCACAGCCCCGGCGUGCCUCCAAGUGUGCUGGAGGAUGUGGACAUGGGAGAGACGCUGACACUCCGCCCAAGGGUGCAGGCCGAUGAGGGGCAAAGGACACCCAGUUUGAUGCAGAACACCUCUGCACCACCAGUGCAGAAGCGCCAUGCCUGGGGUGGCAGCUCCAAUGUUGUUCAGGGACAGCUUGGUUUCCCCAACUGGAUGGCUGUGGUUGGGCACCUGGCGGCGGAUGAUUGUCCGUACAGGAAUGCAUUUUAG